AUGGGCAAUGGAAUGAAUAAGAUUUUGCCAAGCCUGUACAUAGGGAAUUUCCGUGACGCUAAAGAUGAGAAACAGCUGACAGAAAAUAAUAUCACACACAUUGUGUCUGUCCAUGACAAUGCUAAGAAAAUCCUUGAGGACAAGGAGUAUCUGUGCAUUGUGGCCAGUGAUUGUCCAGACCAAGACCUGAUCAAGUUCUUCCCACAGAUCAACAAGUUCAUACACAAGGCCAGGCUGGAAGGGGGAUCUGUGCUAGUUCACUGUUUGGCUGGUGUAUCCAGAAGUGUGACAGUAACGGCAGCAUAUAUUAUGACAGUGACGAACCUUGGCUGGCGUGACAGUCUCAACUGUAUACGAGGGGCCCGGAGUGUGGCCAACCCUAACUUUGGCUUCCAGAAACAGUUGCAGAGUUAUGAGAGUGAGCAGUUGGAGGAGGAAAGAAGAAAAAUGAAGGCCAUGUACCCUAACAAUCCAUUCAGAGAUGAAGAAGAAUGCCAGAUUAACCUUCGGUGCUUCCAACAGUUUGUCCUGACAGGCAACCUUCCGUCCCGCUCUGAUGACCUCUACCCCUUACCUCACCGAGCCUACGAGGGCCAGGCCCGGAGAGCGGCUUGCAACAAGCAGAAUGUUCCAGGGAAGUUGGAGACCAAUGUGAGUAGCGCCUCUAAAGGGAAAAAGUCUGCUUGCCACCAUCGACACCACCACCACCACCACCAACAACACCACCAACACCACCACCAUAAGAAGAGACAGCAUGAUUUAGGCAAAGCUGCGGAAGUAGAUGCAA